CGCGCGCAGGGCGGCCCGGCGCGGCGAGGGCUGUGAAGGCCGGGAGGCUCAUCUGCGACUGCCCCGCUGAUGCCUGACGGAGCGGAGCGAUGAAGGGGCAGCAGAAAGCAGCCGAGACGGAAGAGGGAACGGUGCAAAUCCAGGAAGGUGCAGUGGCCACAGGUGAGGAUCCCACCAGCGUCGCCAUUGCCAGCAUCCAGUCCGCAGCCACCUUCCCUGACCCCAACAUCAAGUAUGUCUUUCGCACAGAGAACGGUGGGACGCAGGUGAUGUACAGGGUGAUCCAAGUGGCUGACGGACAGCUGGAUGGACAGACGGAGGGCACCAGCGCCAUCAGCGGCUACCCCGCCACCCAGUCCAUGACACAGGCCGUCAUCCAGGGCGCCUUCACCAGCGAGGAUGCGGUGGAGACGGAGGCCACGGCCACUGAGACUCACUACACCUAUUUCCCCACCACGGCCGUGGCCGACACCAGCACGUCUGCCGGCGCGGGGACCACGGCCACCGCCGUCGUCACCACGCAGAACUCGGAGGCCCUCCUGGGGCAGCCCACCCCCACGGGGCAAUUCUUCGUGAUGAUGUCGCCCCAGGAGGUGCUGCAGGGCGGAGCGCAGAGGUCCAUCGCCCCCCGCGCACACCCCUACUCCCCGAAGUCGGAGGCGCCGCGGGCCACCCGGGACGAGAAGCGCCGGGCGCAACACAACGAAGUGGAGCGCCGGCGCAGGGACAAGAUCAACAACUGGAUCGUGCAGCUCUCCAAGAUCAUCCCUGACUGCUCCAUGGAGAACACCAAGUCGGGGCAGAGCAAGGGCGGGAUCCUCUCCAAAGCCUGCGACUACAUCCAGGAGCUGCGGCAGAGCAACCACCGCCUCUCCGAGGAGCUGCAGGGCCUUGACCAGCUCCAGAUGGACAACGAGGUCUUGCGGCAGCAGGUGGAGGAUCUGAAGAACAAGAACCUGAUCCUGCGGGCGCAGCUCCGCCAGCACGGGGUGGAGAUCGUCAUCAAGAACGACAGCCACUGACGGGGACGGCGGGGACGGGGACCGGCGGGGAG